AUGGUUGAAGAAGCUCCUACUGCAUCCGAGACUUCCGUUACAAUGCCUCAAACUGUGGAAACUGUAACGGUCGUCGACGAAACCCUAAUCCAUGGCGACAAGAACGGAAUCACUGUCAACGCUGCCGUGGAUUCCGCCGCGGUGUCGGAAACUUCUGCUCUGGUGUCCGGUAGCGAUGGUCAGAAGUCUCUGGACAUGGCUGUUGAGUUGAUGGAUAAGGGAAACAAGGCUAUGAAAGAGAACGAUUUUGCUGAGGCAGCUGAUAACUAUAGCCGUGCUCUCGAGAUCAGAGUGGCCCAUUAUGGUGAACUUGCUCCUGAGUGUGUCCACACUUACUACAAGUAUGGCUGUGCACUGUUAUACAAGGCUCAGGAGGAAGCCGAUCCUUUGGGUGCUGUUCCCAAGAAGCAGGAUGGUUCCCAACAUGGCUCUAAUAAAGAAGGACCUGUGAAGAGUGCUCUGAAUGCUGAAUCCUCCACUGCAUCUUUUCCAAGCAAUGCUGAGCAGGAUGUGACUUCAAAUAACCCGGAGUCAGAAGUGGAUAAUGUGUCUGGUAAGAACGACCAGCAAGAUGAUGAGGAUAGUGACGCCGAAGGCUCGGCAGAAGAUGACGAAGAUGAGUCUGACUUGGACUUGGCUUGGAAAAUGCUUGAUAUUGCUAGAGCCAUUGUUGAAAAGCAAUCUGUCAGUACUAUGGAACAAGUGGAUAUAUUGUCAACAUUGGCAGAUGUUGCUUUGGAAAGAGAGGAUUUUGAAACAUCUCUCUCUGACUACAAGAAGGCACUAUCCAUCUUAGAACAGCUGGUGGAACCUGAUGAUAGAAAUAUUGCUGACUUAAAUUUCCGUAUAUGCUUGUGUUUGGAGGUUGGCUCUAGGCCUGAAGAAGCUAUUGCUUAUUUAGAGAAGGCUACAUCUGUUUGUAAGGCACGUUUACUUCGUCUCACAAAUGAAGUAAAGAGUUUUUCAGAUUCUACAUCUCCUGCAUCCAAGUUAGAGCGGGAUGAACUAACAUGCCCUGGAUCUGAGUCUAAUAACUCAAUUGUGGAUAAACAAGCAGAAAUUGAAACUCUCACAGGUCUCUCAAGUGAGCUGGAAAAGAAGCUUGAUGAUCUACAACAGUUAAUCUCAAACCCAAAAUCAAUUCUCGCUGAGAUCCUAGGAAUAGCAGCUGCCAAGGCAGGCAAUGGAAAGGAACCAUCUCAAGGAAGAGUGAGCUCCACACAGUUGGCUACUGCCCACAGCAGUGGAGGUUUUGACUCCCCAACCUUUUCAACCGCUCACACCAAUGGAUCUGCUGGAGUCACACACCUUGGUGUGGUAGGAAGAGGAGUUAAGCGAUCAUCAAAUACAAGUGUGGCAGAAGCUGGCAUACCCAAGAAACCAGCAUUAGAAACAACCGAAGACAAAGGCGAUGGUGGCAACGCAUGA